GUAUUACUAACAGCUCGGUUUAUCGUGUGAGGAAAGAGUAAAUAUCGUUUCUUGCGCAAUCCAAAGUGCAGUAUUGCUUGGACCUGGGUAAUCAGAGGUUUGACAUGGCUGUGGCAACGAUCCUCGCCCUGAGGAAGGGUCUCACAAUCACAGGUGUGAGAGGUUUGUGGACUUCUAGGAUCAAUUCAAACGAGCAGAAAGCACAAAAUGCUGUGGCAGAAAUUUCGACAACUGAGGAAUCAAAGGAAUCCGAGGAAGAGUACGAGGGCAUGAUUAAAAAACAGAUUUUGGCAGCCGCAAUGCCAUUUGUCAAGGAGCACGGAUGGAGCCAGGAGGCCAUCAGCGCAGGAGCUGAAUCCAUUGGAUAUCCUGGUGUUAUCCACGGCCUCUUCCCCAGAGGAGGUGCAGAGCUGGUGCUCCACUUCUACGCGAAUUGCAAUGCGGAAUUGAAUGAAAUCAUGAAAUCUGAAGCGUUGACAACCGAGGGCGAGCCCUCGCAGCCAAUUAAAUUGCCAGAGGAGUUCGUGAAGAAGGCGUUGGAGAGGAGGCUCAGGAUGUUGGUGCCAUACAAGUCGACCUGGCCUCAGGCAAUUGGACUUCUUGCUCUACCCCCGAAUGUUCCACCAGCUCUCGCUAAUUUACUAACUCUCGUCGAUGAUAUUUGUUAUUACGCUGGAGAUAGAUCCGUUGAUUUCCACUGGUACACCAGACGAGUAGCUGUCGCUGGAAUAUACAAAACGAGUGAAUUGUAUAUGUUACAAGAUAAAAGCGAGGAUCACACAAGAACGUGGGAAUUUUUGGGGAGAAGAAUUGAAGAUGCAGUCCAGUUGAAUAGAGUUCUCACUGUAGACCUACCGCCACCUGAUCAGGCCCUCAAUCGAGCAACAGAGGCUGCCACUGCUGCUUUUACAACAGCACGAAAUAUACUCGGGAUGAAUUGGAAUAGGUGAAAAUAUACCAAAUGCAUCGCAGUAUUUAUAUAACUACGUAGUUAUUUAUAAUUGAAAAUAAAAAAUUGGAGUUAUCAAUUUUUUUUCUGGGAAAAUAAACAAUAUUUUCAAUUAAA